AGCAGCAGCAGCAGCAGCAGCAGCGACAACAACAACAACAACUUCGGUAUCCAAGGGCAAAAAGCCAUAUAAGAGCUGGCUCAAAGAUGGAGUCAACGGCGGGAUGUCAUCGAUGGACGUGCUGAUCAACUGGCUGGCGGACAAGGCAAACUACAGCAAAUGGCGCGGCGGUGACAACAGUACGGAACGGACACCCAAGAAAGUACUUCUUGAAGAGAUCAUUGAACGCAUGCGGCAAGUUGGGAUCUAUCACCGCCUCCCAAAAGAUGUGGCCAGUAAGAUCUCAACGCUUCAAAGCAACUAUAGGACAGCACGAGAAUGGAAUGACACGGAUGGGAAAAAGAUGCGCCAGGCAGGUGUUAAGGAAGAAAUCGUUCAUGGUAAUAAAAAGACAAAAGUGAAAUAUAUUUUAUUGUGGUGUGUGUGUGUGUGCGAGUGCGUGCGAAAACCAAAAGUAUAGUUCGGGUGCGGUUGAGAGAAACAAUUCAAAGAGAACGACAAUCAAGAAGAGAAUACAUUCCGUGACACACUCUAUUUUUUUUUUCUUUUUCCACCCCCCCCCUCCCCAUUUUUUUUCCAUCCACAUUUUUUUUUUCAAAUUUCUAUCUAUCCCUAGAGGAAGUUGUAAAGCGUUUUCCUUACUGGGAUGCUUUGCAUGGAAGCUUUGGCAACUUUCGAACAUCGCCGUCUUGGCCCAUGUCCAUUAGCAGUAUCAUGGACCGUGAAGAAAAAGAAGACGAAGAGAAGGAGGAAGAAGAUAAAACGCAAGCUCGACCGCAUCGUCAUAGCCAGCAACAAAGUCAUCAUCAUCAUCCCUAUUAUCACCGUCACCAACAGCACAGCAAUUACCACCAUCAUCAUCAGCAGCAG